CACUUCACAUUUAUCUGUCACAGUGCAGACAUUUGAAGUAUGAAAUAGCGGACUCUGCAUCAUUCAGAGACGAAGUCUCGAAUCCAGUGGCCCAGAAACGCAGCAGUAUGGAACUAUUGCCCCCAAAGAUGUCUGAAAGUCCUACAGAGAUAAGGAUUGUGCUGCUCGGCAAGAAUGGCUCUGAGAAGAGUGCUGUUGGAAACGUCAUCCUGGACACAGUGGCAUUUGACACCAACUAUGUACAAAACCACUGUGAGAGAGUCAGUGGUCAGGUGGAGGGAAGACACAUAGCUGUGAUCAACACUCCAGACCUGUUAGACCCUCACAUGUCACAUGACAAACUCUCAGAGGAUCUGCGUUGGUGUGUCACUCUGUCUGACCCGGGACCUCAUGUGUUCCUGUUGGUGCUGCAGCCUGAGGAGUUCACACAGGAAGAGGGAGACAGAAUCAGGACAAUCCUAGACACCCUCAGUGACCGGUCCUUUGACUACUCAAUGGUAUUGACAACUCAUGAAGACAAGAGGGGACACAUGGAUGAGAAUCACCCUCUGAAUCAGAUGGUCAGAGCCUGUAGAGGGAGGCAGCACCUCAGUGACCGCACUCAACUUAUGGCAGAUGUUGACAGGAUUGUAAAGGAGAAUGGAGGAGACUAUCUCACCUGUGAUGUAUUUGAAGAUACAAGUGACAUGAAACAAGGGAAAGAGGAAAUCCACAGGAGUAAAACUGAUUGGAGCCUCAAAUCUUCCUCUGAGGAAGAACUUGGAAAGGAUGUUUUGGAACAAGGUAAAUCAGCACAAUUGGACAAUUGGAAGAAAAUGAGAGAAAUUGGAUUGACGUCAAUUAAUGAAAACCUGGGGGAGCAAUCACGCAGUGGAGAAAAAUAUGAGUCUCAACUCCGGAUUGUGCUUCUGGGGAGGAGUGACGACAAGAAGAAAACAGUGGGUAACAUUAUCCUACAGCAAAGGGCUUCUCCAGGAAUAGGCCUUUCUGCUGGUUUGUUUGGCAAAAAACAGCAAUGUGAGUCAGCCAGUGGGAAAUUGAAGGGCAAGUCUGUAACUGUAGUAAAGACUCCAGACUUCUUUGCUCUGCCUGUGGAGUCCCUGAUGCAGGAGAUGGAGAAAUGUAAGUCCCUCUCUGCUCCUGGGCCUCAUGGGGUCCUGCUGGUGUUGAAGCCUGAGGAGUUCACAGAGGAGAACAGAAACACAUUCAAGUUGAUCCUGAGCAUAUUUGGUAAAGAGGCCUUCAAGUACUCAAUGGUGAUCAUUACUCACCACAAGGGAGUCACAGGAAAUCCUCAUCUGAGACAAAUGAUCGAAGAAUGUGGAGGAAGGUAUCAUGAAAUGUACAAACAAGGAAGUGACCACGAAGAGUUAACUAAAAAGAUAGAAAAGAUGGUAGAGGAGAAUGAAUGGAGAUACCUCACCUCCAAUGAAGAGACGACACAUGAUACCAUGACACCAAAGGCUCAGAGACUGAACGUGGUGCUGUGUGGCAGAAGAGGAGCUGGGAAGACUUCUACAGCCAAUGCCAUACUGGGUCAGACAGAGUCCAGUCCAAAGUCCAGCUCCUCCUCAGUGUGUGUGAAGAGAGAAGGAGAGGUGUGUGGUCGGCCGGUCACCCUCAUCGAGCUGCCUGCUCUGUAUGGAACACCUCUCACUCAGGAGGAAGUGAUGCGUGAGACUUUCCACUGUGUCUCUCUCUGUGACUCUGGAGUCCAUGCUUUCCUCCUGGUUGUACCUUUGGGUCCAAUCACUGAUGAAGACAAAGGAGAGUUGGAGACCAUCCAGAAGAUACUCAGCUCACGAGUCAAUGACUUUAUCACGGUCCUGUUUAGACAGGAUAACAUUCCAGUUGAUAAAACUGCAGUUAAGUUUGUGGAACAAAAUGCAGACACAAAGCAACUGAUCAAGAUGUGCGGAGGGCGAUAUAAAAUCUUUGAUGCGUUGAAGAUUGUUAACGCCAAGCAGACGACAGAACUUGUAGCAGAAAUAGUCAAAAUGAUGGAUCAGAACAGAACCUGCUACACUCUGUACAUGUACAUGGAGGCUAAACACCAAUCAGAACUGGACCAAAACAGAAGAAUCAAGGAUUUAGAGGGAGAGAAUCAGGAACAUGUCACAAGGUGCUGAAUUGGAGUGUUCCAGCACAGAGUGCAUAAGGGUGGUGCUGAUUGGGAAAACUGGAAAUGGGAAGAGCGCCUCCGCAAACACUAUCCUGGGCAGAAAGGAAUUUGAGUCUAAACCCAGCACUGAUUCUGUGACAACAGUUUGCAAGAAGGCAGUCGGCAAAGUUGAUGGAAGAACAGUUUCUGUCGUGGACACACCUGGACUUUUUGACACAACAUUGUCUAAUAAAGAUGUUCAGCAAGAGAUAGUGAAAUGUGUUUCCCUGUCAGCUCCUGGACCCCAUGUGUUU